AUGACUGUCGAGGCCCUUCUUGAGCAGUAUCAGGGCCAUAUUGUCCCAAAGGCGUACAAUGCGGGCUACCUCGCCCUCAGCUACCUCAUCAGCUUGGUGGGGGCGGCUUCGACGCUCGAAUUGAUCAAUCGGCGAUCAUGGUUCAACGGAAUCUCGAAUCAUCUGAUAUUAUGUUCAUCCGCAAUCACCAUGGGCGGUAUAGCCAUUUGGUGCAUGCACUUUAUCGGCAACAUCGCACUCACUCUUGCUGAAGGCGAGGCAGAGAUGCAGAUUGUAUACUCCAGUGGCAUGACAGUACUCUCCUUCUGCAUGCCUGUUUUUGUCCUCCUCGGCGCAUUCUACGCGAUAGGCAUCUCGAAUCGAAUCGCCUGGUGGAGAGUAAUAACAGCUGGUAUCCUUUGCGGCUGCGCCAUCUGCGGUAUGCACUACUUGGCCAACGCUUCCAUCAAAAACUACCAGUGUAUCUACGAGCCUGCGUAUAUCGUGGGUGCUGCUAUCAUUGCCGUCGCUGCGAGUACCGUUGCCUUGGCCAUGUUCUUCAUCUUCCAGUCGCUCUCAGCGAGUAGUUGGUGGAAGCGGACUAUUUCUGCUAUCAUCCUUGCUGGGGCGGUAUCCAGUAUGCAUUGGUGUGCCUCUGUGGGCACUCAGUACAGGCUGCUUCAUCUAAAGAAAUUGGAACGAGGAUCUCGCACUGCGACCGCGAUUGCAGUUAUUUGUUUAUCUUUCAGUGCCUGUAUCAUCAUUGCUGGAUCAGCUAUCCUCCGAGCCCGCACUCUAAGAGAUGCAGCCCUUCGUGCUCAACAGAUUGAGCUAGCAGCUGUUGUCUUCAAUAAAGACGGAUGUCUUCUCGUCGACAGCAACGGAGUCUUCCCAAACACUGUUGUCACCGAUUUCUUCAUUGGAGAGAACGCCGACGACAAGUUCAACACUGCCCAUCCACAGUUCCUCUGGAUGUUCCAGGCCUCGCGAAACUGGACUGGAAUCUCGGGAUUAAUAAACGGCAUGAAGCAACAUCUACGACAGCUACCGCACAAAAGUCAGCAUAAAGAUCCGACAAAGGGGAUUCAACUCAUCAAUGCCGACGGAGAGCUCAUCGAUGGAUACUCAGUCAUCUUCAGAGAGUUGUUCUGCGUCGCCGCCUCCAAGCUCAGCGAUCGUCUCGACGAAUCCAUCACAACGAUGGGUAUUCUAUGGGAUGAGAUCAUUCCCAAGCGAUCAGUGGCAAACCCUGCUUACCUACAAGCACUGGAAAAGCAUCGCGACAAUCAAACCUCCGACACGAGCGAGAUACUACGCAAGGGAUCGACGACGACAGGAGAAAGCCACCUCGAGAAGGGGGUUGGGAUUGAGCUUGAGAACGAGAUUGACGAACGAGGAGCACUCAUGUUUUUAGUCCGUCGCCUCACAUCAGAUGACGAAGUAAAGAGACUCGAGACCGCUGGAUAUCGAUUUGUCGACCCUGUUCAAGUAUGCAACGAUGCGAGGAACCAUUUGCAGAUGCAGAUCCCGUCGAGCGAGUUCGAACUCAAGCUACGCGACAUGAAGGCCUUUAUAUCCCAGCAAGGUCGUAUCAAGCCCGGAGUUCACCUUGGCCUUUUCUCGCUUCAGGAUCGGGGGCUUAAUAAUCAUCACGUCCUGGUACAAAAGGAUGCUCGCGAUUUACUUCCAUUAGUACCUCUUCCACUAAGCACUAUCGACGAGACGCAAGUCAGAAUGGUACAAGGCUUGAGUGGGUUUCGGGUACCUGAGGUCAUUCAAAGAUUGAGGACCUCGGGGGCGUCUUUGAGAUCUCCGGAUGAAGAAUUGUUUGCUCAUUAUCUAUCCAAUGCCAUUCACUCACUACACGAAUGGGUCCAGGAACCUCUAUUUCAUGACGCUGUGCUCAGCCCUACCAUACUACGACUUCCCUAUGGGAUAGACGGAGGCGACGCAGAAGAGACGGUGAUUAUGGCAUUGAGACUCAAGAUCUCUCACCCCGUCAUUUCAUCUGGUCCCAACUGUCAAUGGGUCCCUCUUAACUUCUUCGGUAUGCGACAAGUCUUGGAACAGUCUCGACAGGAGUUUGUGCGGGUUCUUCACCAGGACUUUGAUCCAUCAACAAUGCCCGCAAGUCGGGCUAAUAACGAGCUCACUUCUGGACCUCUAUCGACCCUGCGUCGACUGAAACGUUCAGAAGGAUCAGUCAACUCAAAGGGGAAGAAACCCCGUGUUCCAAUAAUGAGGUUAAGAGCUUCAUCAAAAGACUCUACACGCUCAUCCUCAACGAUAAACCUAUGUCCCGCUGAGAGCAGCGAAGCUCACAACGAGCGCCUCCCAUCAACAGACACAGUGGACGUCUACCCUCCUGAGCGCCACUAUACGUCACAUCAACAAUCAUUCCUAAACGGUGGUAUCGUUGUAUUCCAAGAGGUCACCGUUCAAGUCGAACAGAAGAAGUCUGAGUCCAGAAGUGACCUGGAACUAUCGUGGAGUCAGGACACGGUAACUGAGCCGCCGAAAGCACAUCAGCGACAUAACAAGAAGAAUGAAAUGCCAGUUAUACAGAGCAUCGAACUACAGCCAUCGGGGAGGGGAACCACAGAGGUUUCAGUUGAGUCUCGCUGGCUGCAUAGUUUUGGCCACGCGGAUAACAACAUCACGACGAUGGCCUCGUUUAUAGAUACUCUAAUUCAAGAGUCUAGUCACUCUGUUACAUAG